UGUUGCUGCUGAAAGUGAUGUCGUGUCUUGUCGACGAUGUUUAUGGAGUGAACAUCAUCAUUAGUGGAAAGUGUUAAGAAAGGGAGAGAAGAGUCAUGUCUAUGUUUAGAUGGAAAUCUUCUUUCAUAAAAACAUCAGUUCCUAUUUUCUGGAUUGCAUUGCUCGCUUAGGGAGGAGACAAGUAUGAAAGAUGUAUAGUUAAUAUUAGAAGAUCUUAGUGAUUCCUAAUUUGUUUGAGAUGUAAGUGCUUUGUCCAGCUGUGUUAAGUUACACUUAGGCUUCAGAAAAAUUCCAUAGAAAAAGUUCCUAGCAUUUUAGGAUUCCAGUUUUAUAGAACAUUUCUGAGAUUCAUCUAGAGAUGUAUCUAAUAGAGCAUUUUUUAUUUCAUUGAACCCAGAGCGAAUUGCUUUAACUGCAUCAACUCUACAAGACCAGCUGGUACAGAAGUUUACCAUGUAUCAUGGAUUUGGAAGAAAAUUACCGAGAUCUAAAGAAUGAUAUUAUUAGACUUUUUGGUUCACAUACUGAUUUAGAAGCAGUAAAACUGUAUUUUAAAAAAGGUAUAAAUUCCAACAGGGCCUUAAGCAGAGUACAAAGUUUACAAGAUGUGAUAGAUCUCCUUGAAGAAAGAGAUCUUCUAAAUUCCAAAAAUGUUAACGUUUUAUUACAGUUAGCUGAAUUUAUGAAAAACUCAGAUGCUGAGGAAAGGGUCAGAUUGUAUAAUAAAUUAGUGCUAGAUGAUCCUGACCCGCCAUGUAUUUGUGGCUUCAGGUAUUAUUACACGCCAGAUAUCAAUGAAGAGGAUCUUGAAAAUCACAAUGACCUGAAUUCCUCAACAGAUGCAAAUAACAACAUAGAAAACAAAAGAUUAGAACAAGCCAUGGAAAACAUUGCACAAAGAAUUGGGAAAAAAUGGAGAAUUCUGGCAGCCGAGCUAGGCUUAAAAGAGUGUCAAAUUGAUCUCAUAAGAAGAGAUUCCAGGGACAUAGUUCAUCAGGCUCGUAGAGCCUUUCAGAUUUGGGUCCAAACUCAUGGCCAUGUGACUAUGCAGAUGCUUGACAAAGCUUUACAGGAAAGGCUAUGCCGAAAAGAGGGUAUAGGCCUACAUUUAAAGGAUUCCAUUAUUGGAAUUACUUGCUAAGUGACAUUUGUUUGCUUCACAAUCAUAAAAAAAAAAAUCCUUUUUAUUCAUAUCAUAACUGUUCACGUUUUACUUUGACUGAUAGUUUUUCAAGUGUGAUUGAUAUUACAAAAAUUUAUCAUUAAAUGUUCAUCAUUCACGCUUUGAUAUUUCUCAGAUUUCAAUUGUGUGUUUAUAUACUGUGCCACAAAGUCCUUACUUGGCCUUUAUUUUCACAAUUGUUGGUUGUGGACAAAUACUUCUAAUUACAAAAAUGUUUUAAAGGACAAAGAUUCAUGUUUUCAAAUGUUUAAAUAUAAAGAAACCAGUUUUGUAACUAUUAUAAAAUCUAACUUUUUAUUCAUUCCUUUGAUCCCUAUACUUAAGAAAAUCUAAUACAUGUUAUGAAAAGUAGAACACAAAAAAAUUGACUCUGUACAGCAAAAACUAACCAAGACUUUUGAUUUCAAAAUCAGCGAUUUUUUUACAUCAUAUUCAAUUUGAAAUGAGGGGCUCUUAAUUAAUAAAUAAGUUAGAAGAGAUUGAGUUUUUCUCCUUUAAAUGCCAUUCCAUGAUACUCUUUUGUGGUUUACUAGUGUCUUUAAUUUUAUUACAUUUAGUAUGCUAGAAGAUUUUUCACACACAAAAAAAUUGCAUUAUUAAUAGUUUCAUGAACCAUUAUUUGUUGAUUGCAUAAAAAAUUUCUAUUUCUUUAAAAUUAAUGCAAAUAAUGUUACAUGCUGAAUUUGUGCCAAUAAUGAAGCCUGUGUGUAUUUUCUAAAAUGCAAAUAAUAUAAAAUUCUACAUAAUGGAUCUCCAUUUUGAAAAAAAAAUUAUAUUGAAUGCUUUUUGCAGUAAUCUAUAUAGAAAUAUCAUCAGAAACCAUUUUUUAAACUGUUGUUUUAUUUUUAGUUAUAUACUCAUCUUUCUUUGCAUGAUCCCUGUCAUAUUCUGCUUCUUGGGCAUGUUCUGGAUAUAUGUUUCCUUAAUGUGCACUAAAUGUGGGCAUUACAUAAACCAGCCAUUUUAAGGGCACAAAAACUUUUAUUAACACACGAACAAAAUAAAAACAAAUUAUUAACACAAAAAUAGAACCACAUCUAUCAUCACGCUGGUAUGCAGCAGGUUACCUUCGUUACUUCGCUACUAACAGUCUCUUCUCUUCUCUAGUAAGUAACAUGAGAGAGAGGCGUUGCAGGCCUUUCGGCUAAACUAGGCAUGUGUGGUCAUCACGUCACGACACCUCCCCUCUAAAAGAUUUGAUUGCGUCUUUCAAUGACCUGUCAAAUUCACACAUAUAAACAUUUCUUGAAACAAAAUUAAAUAACAUUCAUAAAAUUUUCGAACUUAAUUAACCAGUUCUUACCAUUUUAAAUUAAAAUUACUUCAACAUAAAUUCAGUAAUCUUAUUCAUU